UAUUUGGGUUUGUUAGCCUUUUGAUAUUUCUUAAUAUAUUAUAUGUUCUCUGAAACUUCUUCUUCUUCAUUUCUGAGAUUUGUGUUUCAAUGGCGGACACAGUCGAAUCCUCUCUUCUCAAAUUGUUCUUCGACGCCUUUCCUUCUCCGGCCCUACAAAAGAUCGCCGAACUUUGGGAUCUCAAAAACGACAUCGCAGAGUUACAGAGUAGCUUGGCCACGGCAGUCGCUGCUGCCGAAGACGACGACGUGAAUGGAGGAGUUGACGAUUUGAGAUUUCAGCUAAGGAUAACCGCUUACGAAGCCGAAGACAUGCUUCACAUCCUUACGAUCAUCGGCGCUAAGUUGAUCGACGAUUCUGGAAGAAAUCAACGGCCGAUAAGGAAAAUAAGCUUAGAGGCGGUAAGAUUCGUGAUGCUUGGGAGGAUGUGUAUCGAUGAUGAAUGGAGUCAAGGGGCCGAGCGUUAUCGAUUCGAGGAUGUAGUCUCCUUUUAUGUUUUUUAUGGUUUUACAUGUAUUUUCCGCAUUAUUAUGUAAUGUCUUUUAUUUUAAAUCUUAUUUUGUUUUAAAGACAAUGGGAUCCCAAAAUCCUUCUUAGUAUUCGUUUUUUUGUAAAUAACUCUUAUUUUCAAGUUACUCAAUAAAUUAUGGUAUUUUCGUAAAAUGUAAGUUUUUAUGUAUAGUUUCGAUAAUGGUCCAAUUAGUCUAGAUUAGUGGGUCAUUACAAAUAUAGAGGGAAACUCCAUUGUAAAAGGUUCUUCAAGCUCUAAUAAUACAGACUCGUGGACUAAGGCUAGUUAACGCCCCAACCACGUAAAAA